GCUGGGCAUGCUCAGUAGCUGCGGCGCGUCUGGGCUGCCGCUAGCUCUGCACUGGCUGCCGCGCUGCCUGCUCUGGGCUGGCGCGGGAGUCCACACGACUGUCACCGCUGCGGCUGCGGGGCUUCCAGCAGGCCAAACGUUCGGCGCCUCUGAGCGACUCGCCCCCGGCCCGCUCUGGUCCCCCUCAGCUGCCGCCUCCUACUCUUCUUCCUCUCCCCAUCUCUUCGGGAGGUGAAGCUGGUGCUUGUUUCUGUCGGCGCCACAGACCGCUCUGCAAACCUCAGACGAGGACCCUGAGAAGAAAUCCUGGAGACCAUAGGACCCUUGGCGGUGGCUCUUGAUCAUAGCACUUUGCCCGUAGUGGGGUCCGUGGCGGAGUUUCUCCUCCACCUCUCAAUGCAAACACUAUGCGGAGAGCAGUUGGCUUCCCUGCGCUGUGCCUGCUUCUUAAUCUUCACGCUGCAGGGUGCUUUUCAGGAAACAAUGAUCGCUUUUGGGCAAUUCAUCAGAAGAAGAGUGGGAAGCCGGUAUUCAUUUAUCACCGUUCACAAGAUAUUGAGAAGAGCCUGGAUAUAACUCCACAAAAGAUAUAUAAACAUAGCUAUCCUUCCUCUUCUGAGACUCAGAUAGGUAAACGCCACCACAUUGUUAAUUCAGCCUUUCCUAGACCUGCGUAUGACCCAUCUCUCAAUCUGUUGGCUGUGGCUGGUCAAGAUCUUGAAGUGGAAAAUCUACCAAUUCCAGCAGCAAAUGUAAUUGUGGUGGUGAGUAUCCAAGUCUUCCAAUCCCAGCAGCAUCAGGUUUAACUGAUAUUGAUGUUGUUGCUUUCCCUUGCGGUCGAUACUGGAAGAAAAAAAAUAAUUAUUGUAAAAACUUACCAUUGGAUCUCAAUGGUUAUUGACCAUAGCACUUCUCACUCUCUGAAAUUUCCUUUUUGUUACUUGAUUGUUGUCUGUUUUCUUCCUCCCAUGAAAUUAGAGAACUUGUCUGUAUCCUCAGCUCUUAGCACAAUGAAUGGUGCCUAGUAGGAGCCUAAUACAUAUUUGGAUUAAAAAUUACUUUAAAGAGGCUUUAAAUUACAACAGAUCACACCCUAUAUUGAACCUCUUGCUUCUGUAAAAUGUGUUCUGAAAUGACAGGCAUUAGUCUCAGUCCAUGUAAUAAAUAG